AUGGGUCUUAUGAAAUCAUUGAAUGAAACCCAAAUUCAAGGACAACCAUCCCCGUUAUCUCUUGUUAAUAGUGUUUGGGUCAAUGAAUCUUGUGAAUUAAAUCCCAAAUUUCAAGAGGUUGCAAAUUCAAUCUUUAAUGCACAUGUUCAAGCUGUAGAUUUCGAUCAUAAGGCUAAUGAAGUGAGACUGAUGGUUAACGAAUGGGUGGAGUCGAAAACUAGUGGAAUAAUAAAAAAUUUAGUUCCGGAAGGAUCAUUCGACAGGACCACAAUGGUUGUGCUGGUGAAUGCACUCUAUUUCAAAGGAGUAUGGCAUCAAGUCCCAUAUAUGAGUAGUACAGAGGAAUACCAAUACAUAGCGUGUCAAAACGGCUUCAAAGUGCUUAAACUUCCAUAUCAAUUACAAAAACAAACAGCGAGCAGGGGUGAGAAUGAUAAUCCGUUCGAUGAUGAUGACAUGUUUGAUGAUAGUGCUCAACGUUUUUCUAUGUAUAUUGUAUUACCUGAUAGCCGGGAUGGACUUGGAGAGUUGAUAGACAAGGCAAAUAAUUCAGCUGGAUUUUUGCACCAGUGUGUUCCAAACUACAUGCCAUUGAAACGAACAGGAGAGUUCAAGGUCCCAAAGUUUAAGAUAACAUUUGAAUUUGACGCGAAAAGAGUUCUCAAAGAUAUGGGAUUAGUAUUGCCUUUCAGUUUCCCAAGCAGAAUUGACUGA